CCCAUACGAAAAAGCAGGGGGUGGUGUUGGAGGGAAAUAUGCAGGGUUUAUGGAACCGACUUUAAAGCGCCACUUUUUAUUCCAACCUCCCCGCAGCUCCGGCAGAGAUUGAGUCGGUCCUGUCCGUUUAAACCGAGAAGACACCCAUACCGAGUCCUCAAUGCAAAGGGGGAAAAAAAGAGAAAGGGAUGCCAAGAAAGCUAUAGGGCGAAGGAACGUGGGUGUAAAUAGACAGUGAACGCUCCUGGUUUCUCUCUCUCUCUCUUCUGUCACCCUCCCCUUCUCUUCUCUCCUUUCCACCCUCUGUUUUUUUAUGAAAUCAAUGAACGAGUUAUUGGCUGGGACAUAAAUAUAAGGAAUCAAAGCCUCCACCGGGACCAGCGGCAGUGCGCCUUUUUGAUAUGUGUCUUCGCCAAACGCUACAUGUGUCUUCAAGUCAUUGUAAAUACCGGCUUUGAUAGGACGGGAGCGGAACCCUCUCCACCAACGGCUUGGUUUCGGAACCAAAUCUGAGCUCAUUUCUUCAGAUUUUUUUUAUAUAUUUUAUUUUAUUUUUUCUCUACAGUUUUUAUUUUUUUGUUUUUAUUUAUUGAGUGCGUGCACCGAUUCUUCACCAUUGCUUCCUACUGCUUUUGCACCCACCCCAACUUACUGGCCGGUCUGAAGAUGGCAACUUUAACCAACGGCCAGGUGGACGGCACCGUGCACGGUGUCGGAGUCGUGUCUGCCAGCACGAACGGGCUCGUGAACGGAUUAAGCCACAGCCACAGCCCGGCGGGAUGCCCGGCCACCAUCCCCAUGAAGGACCACGAUGCCAUCAAACUCUUCAUCGGUCAGAUCCCACGCAACCUGGACGAGAAGGACCUGCGGCCCCUCUUCGAGGAGUUUGGCAAGAUCUACGAGCUCACCGUGCUCAAAGACCGCUUCACGGGCAUGCACAAAGGCUGUGCCUUCCUUACCUACUGUGCCAGAGAGUCGGCCCUGAAAGCCCAGAAUGCAUUGCACGAGCAGAAGACCCUGCCAGGAAUGAACAGACCGAUCCAGGUGAAGCCAGCAGACAGUGAGAGUCGAGGAGAAGACAGAAAGCUUUUUGUUGGCAUGCUCAACAAGCAACAGUCAGAAGAUGAUGUGCGGCGUCUGUUUGAGUCCUUUGGCAGCAUCGAGGAAUGCACCAUCCUCAGAGGUCCUGACGGGAACAGCAAAGGCUGUGCGUUUGUAAAAUACUCGUCCCACGCUGAAGCUCAGGCAGCCAUCAGUGCACUACACGGCAGCCAGACAAUGCCUGGUGCGUCAUCUAGUCUGGUGGUGAAGUUCGCUGACACGGAUAAGGAGCGCACCAUCCGCCGCAUGCAGCAGAUGGCUGGUCAGAUGGGCAUCUUCAACCCUAUGGCCCUGCAGUUUGGAGCCUACGGAGCCUACGCUCAGGUGCAGCAGCAGGCAGCGCUGAUGGCGUCCGUAGGUCAGGGAGGCUACCUCAGUCCCAUGGCAGCCUUCGCUGCUGCACAGAUGCAGCACAUGGCCACCAUCAACGGGCUCCCAGGAGCACCGCUGACCCCCACGUCAGGUGGGAGCACUCCCCCGGGCAUCAGCGCCCCCACUGUGACCAGCAUCCCCUCUCCCAUCAGUGUAAAUGGUUUUACCGGCAUGCCACCCCCGCAGGCGAACGGCCAGCCGCCUGCAGAAGCCGUCUUCACCAACGGGAUCCACCAUUACCCAGUGUUGCAGGAGGUGGUUUUCAGAGAGGACUCGGAGAAAAACGGCCUGGGCGUGGCUCCGCGGAGCUGUUUCGGGGUUCAGGGUGGCUGCUUCCUCUCCUCUCUGUCUGAAGCAGCUCAAAGUCCCACUGCAGCUGAUCCUCUCCAGCAGGCUUACACAGGAGUCCAGCAGUAUGCAGCAGCCUAUCCUGCUGCAUACGGUCAGAUCAGCCAAGCCUUUCCCCACCCUCCUCCCAUCAUUCCACAGCAGCAACGAGAAGAUCUUUCUCUCUCCAGGUCCUCCUCCUCUUCCAUCUCCCUCUUGUGUUUUUUUCUCUUACCUUUGCUCCUCAUCUGUCUCUCCUUUCUCGUUUUUUUCUCUCUGUGUUUGUGUCCAUGCAGGACCGGAGGGCUGCAACCUGUUCAUCUACCACCUCCCUCAAGAGUUUGGGGAUGGAGAGCUGAUGCAGAUGUUCCUGCCUUUCGGUAAUGUCAUCUCCUCCAAAGUGUUUGUGGAUCGGGCGACAAACCAAAGUAAAUGCUUUGGAUUUGUGAGCUUCGACAACCCAGGUAGCGCCCAAGCUGCCAUCCAAUCCAUGAACGGCUUCCAGAUCGGUAUGAAAAGACUCAAGGUUCAGCUCAAAAGGCCAAAGGAUGCCAACCGCCCCUACUAGCCCCCUGCCCCCGCCAGCCACCACCAUCCCGGUGGCCGGGGCAGCCAUCACACACAGGGAAAGACAGGUUUCGUUGAAUUAAAUGUUGAAGAUUUGCUACCCACCACAGAGUGCAAACUCAACAUCUGGGCCACAGAGGCUGCUUCAGAAAAAAAGUGCAGAGGGAGCAGUGACCGGGUCAAGGGCGCCUCCUUUUAGGAUGUACCAACAUAUGGAACUCAGAGAGCAGCUGGAUGAACCUCGUCAGCCCCGGGUCUUCUUUUUCUUCUGCAAACAUGUACACACCCCCUUCCCUAACAAACCCCACACGCUUGAAAGACAGCUAACUUUUUCUGGACCACAAAAACUUUUCCUUGAACACUGGCGAAAGGGGAAAAAAGUAAAAGAUCCUACUUUAAACCUAAAUACAGUGACCAACGAUAUCAACUCUGUAAGGGAAUAUGGAUGUCAAAAGAAAUCCAGCAAGGACAAAGCCAACUUAAAAAAAAAAAAAAAAAAAAACUAAAAAAAAGCUGCCACAGAGGAUCCUUUCAUAAGAAUGGUGUGAGCUUUUGGACAAUUCACUUUUAAAGACCAAUUUCUAAGACUUGAAACAAGAAGGGACACAUUCUCGGAGGGAGGACCCAAGUAGGUGUUCGCAGGACACAGAUUUGCUUAAAUUUUGGGAUGGCCAUGUUUAGCUUGGAGUGCCUGUCCGUUUCCAGGGGAAACCGUUGCCAAGGAGAGCCAUAGCAACGGUCUCCAGGGAGUCUUAUCUGUCAUUCCUUAGUUGUUUUAGGGACCAAAAGACCAAACCUUUUUAUCACUGAGGACUUGUAGCUCUAAUACAAUUGGACCACUGCAUCUCUUUUCAGUUGCUCUUAACUGCUUGGAGAGUUGCACUUAAAAAGACAUGUACAUAUAAAAUAUAUACAACACAUGUGUAUAUAUAUAUAUAUAUAUACAUAUACAUAUAUAUUCAUAUGUACGUAUAUAUUGCUGAUAUGCUUUUUGGAUACAGCCAGAACUAUUUCAGAUGACCAAAUGAGGUCUUUCACUUCGCUAGUUUACAAUUACUUAAAAUCUUUAUUUUUAUUUUUCCCUUUUUUGUCUCUGGAGGGAUGGCAAGUGCAUGGGAGGGGCUGCUCCGUAUCACAGCCUUAUCUUUUUUAACUUGACAUCCUAACCUCAUAGAUAGAAAAACACCAGAAAUGUUUGAAAUAUAUGAACUUGUUUAUAUUUGCAGUACAUAUAUAUGUAUAACAAGCAUUCAAGCAAAUGUAUUCAUAUAUACAAUAUAUAUGGAUAAUAGAUAUUAAUCACAAAUUAUGUACUUAUAUGUGCACAUAUUUUAUAUAUGUGUGUCUGUAUAUAGAAUGGCUACCGACUACGUUGAGCUGUAAAUUUUUUUAUUUAUUCUUUUUGUCGAUUAUAGCUGGAAGUUUGAAACGAUGCUCGGCUUGGGAAGAAUCGCAAACCUGGCAGCUCCCAAAACUGCAGGCAUUCCUAUCUCUGAUGUAUGCUGACACAGGAAAUGUUGCUAGGGGAAACGUGCGAGAAGACAUACAUCGUGUAAAUAUGAUCUCAAAAAUGCGAAAAGCCACAACUUAGUAGCAGGCUUCAAGAGAAUCAGGCUGAUUUUUUUUUAAGAGGAAAAGGACAAUUAUCUUCGUUUCUAUUCCAAGCAUAUCGUUCCAGCUUACACACACACACACACACACACACACACACAAGUACACAAACUUUCUUUGAAACUUGAACCAAAACAAAUAGGUCUCACAACCCUUGCUCUCUUUUUGCAUUCAGUAAAGUGCAUGUAGCGUAUGGGCUCUCACCAUGUCAGGGUGUGCCUUGUCACCUGCAGAAUCUGCCAUCCAGCACUGUGCUCUACGAAAUCAAAAGGUUCAACAAAAAAAAGAAAAAAGAACUACUGCGAGCAGCAAAUGCGCUAUUAUGAUGUCAAAACUGCAGCCAGAUCCAUAUCACUUCACAGCAGAGAGCUUCGUUGCACGUCCAACACAACAAGACAUUGUUGGACCAAUGUUGUUCAAUACACACAUGCAUUCAUGUUCAGAAUCGCACUCCAAGUGGGCAUUGGGUAAGCUGUUAGCACAGGUGCUAUUGAUCAAAGCUGUGCACUAUCAUAAGUAAAAAGCUUACUUAGGCUUUGCUGCUGGAAUGGUUUAACACAGAAUGUUACAGAGAUUUUUUUGUUGAUCCUUCAUUCUUACCUUUUUACAGCUAUGACAGAAAAUGCUGGAAAACUUGUUUCCUGCACCACAAAAAGUGGGAAAAUGUAGGCAUCUUUGCUCUUUUUACCUAACUGGAAGCAUACACUUCUAAAUGUUAUACUGGCUAAUAUUCUUGAAGAAACAAACAUUGAAACUGUAAUCGAAGCAACACCUAGAUAACUAGCAUGUGUGGCACAAUCACACACAAGCUAAAACGCAUUCCUGAACGUGCAGUUAGCCCUUGACGUUCACACUGGACAAGAUGUGAGGGGCUUUUUUUCUUUUUCUACUGUUUACUUGCACAUGUUUGCCACCUACAGUUGGAAGAAUCUUGGUGUGAAAUGUCAAAGCGGUGAAAAUCUCAUGAAUCUUCCUUCAGGCUUUUUAUUUCAUCACGAUAAAUGAAUGACUUGGUGUCAUGGAAUUCCAGCCGGGCACAAACCGCAAUGAUCAAUAUUCAAACGGUUGGCACUACAGUGAACUUAAAAAGGCGUCACUACCAAAUUCAAUUUCAAUGCUUUAACUUUCAACACACGUUUUGUACGUCAAGCCCAAAAACAGUCAUAGCGACGCAUAUACGCAAUUGUUUAAAAUACAUCAGCCUGAAACAUGCAUAUACGCAUGUAGAUAUACUUUUUUAUUGAAAGUGGUCACUUAAGCGGGCGUUGCCGAGGGCAGUGUGAAUUUUGAUAAGAGCGGCAACUGUUGCAUCGCUGAAGCCGCCUUCCCCUUGCUUUAGCUUACAGUUUCCCCUUCCAAUCCCCAAAAAUAGAACCUACUAUCCACCUGCAAAAGGUCAACAGAGUUGGAUUUAUUGGACUUUGCAUUCAACAUAUUUUGAGCUGGUGGAGAUUACUUAAUGAAUAUUUAUAUGGAUGAAUAUUUAUUAGGCUAUAUGACACUUUGGAAGACAAUGCUUCCUGUUGGGUGUUGUUACAAGUUUUCCUAUAAACUGCUCAUUAUGCUGUUUCCCCAGCGUCUGCGCCUAACCUUUUUAGCAGUUUGAAUAAUUUAACAUUUACCUUCCAAAUCCAGCGAGGCUUAAAGACCACAACUACACAUCCCAGGAUGCCUCUGUUUGUGUGUGGGGGUCACAUAGCAAUCUGAGCGUGGCAUUCAGUGUAAGCCAGAUGACCAACACGAGCAGUGAAUUAAAACAAAACUCCCCGCCACUACCCCACCACGUCCACCUGAACCCAACUUACCUAACAAUAACAUGCUAAAUGUCACACGUCUGGUCUACGGCCGUGUGUCCUUUCUGUCUGCUCCGAGGCCAGGACGGAAAACCGUCUACACUGUUUGUUCUUUUCCUCGCCAUUUGUUUGAGCCCAUGUCUUUUACCAGUGUUUUCAUGUCUGGAGGAGGGGGUAAAGCUGAAGCACGACAACCGUGGGAACUAGAAUGCCUGGUACCUCAUCCUCAUUUGCUCCAAACUUCAAGCUGCAGGUUUACAUGAAAAAAGAAAAACAACAAAAAGUGGAGGUUCGAAAAACAAAAAGAGAACGAAGCAAAAGUUUGAAUAUAAAUAUAUAAAUAUAUAUAUAAAUACAUCAAGGGAUGAAUAUACUGUAAAUUGUUUCCUUUUUUUGCUCUGUUUUCCUCUGUACAUAGGUUUGCAUAUUUUAUAGGACUUUUACUUCUAUCUACAAGGACUGGAUUACAAAAAAAAAAGUACUUUAAAUACUAAAAAAAAAAAAAAAUUAUAUAUAUCUAUGAAUGAAAAUGUGAUAACGCUCAUGCAAACCAGGUACAAAAAAAAGUAUAUAGUUGCUAGGAUACGGUACAAACUGUAGGACCUGACCAAGGCAUUUAUCCAGAAUACAGUCAGGGAGAGCAUUGACCUCAGUUAGAGCUUAGACAUGCAUUGACCUUUUUUAUAUUUAAAAAAAAAAAACAAGAACACAUUUAAGUGGGUACUUUUCAUUUAUUUCUUUAGAUAUUUAUUUAGAAGUCAUGUCUGACAUGAUAUGCAUGCUUUCAUGGCAUUAUUUUUUUAUGAGUUGGUGCGUGACCAAAUAGUUUUUUAUACGACAUGCAUGAGCUACCAACGUGGUCCACAAGUGAUCUUGGUUCUUCUGGGCAGGACCACGCCUUCAGCACUUCUUUGAUGAUGGAGGGGGCGAAAACAACUAUUGACGAAGUGAUGUCAGAGACACAUUUUGAUCUGUUAGCGAUUAAUUAUUUAUUUGUGUUUUUAUUUAUUUGUGCGGUCUGAUUCAAGAUCUGAGCUCUAUUGUUUUGCCACACAUCUUGUGUGUGCUGGAUUUUUAAUUUUAAUUUUUUUUUUAGAUCACUGCACUUCUAAAUCACUGGAAUUCUUGUCCUUUCACUGGUAAACUACUCGCAACAAUGCAGUACAACACUAAAGCCUUAUGUAUAUUGUAAUUAAAAACUCAUGUGAUUUCUGUUUAGCAACAAAAAGAUGUGUUAAUACUCCUGAAAAACAUUUCAAAUUUGAUCCCACUUUUGUGUCUAUUUUGAAACCAUUGCAGUGCAACUGAGGGAAGUUAAGUCUACUGUUCAGUCAGAUACUGGAUCACAACAGUAGGCUAAGUAGGCCUAAAGGUCACAGGGAUUCUCUGCCAAUGUUUUAGGAAAAACCUCUUUUUUUUUAAAUAAUAGCUGAUUGGCAGGUGGCAUAAAAUUAAAUCAUCCAGCUGUUUUUGUUUUUAAACAUUUGACAGAGCUCCGAUCUUGUUUAUCCCAGUCACCCUCCAAAGAGUACAUUUCACUGAAGUCUGUGGCAUUUCAUCCAAAGGAGAAGUGUCACUCUCUUCAGCGCUGCCGCUGGUGUGAUUUUAUUUUCUAAAGCUCUGUUGUGUUUGCUCGACUCACUAUUUCCAUGGUUUGGUUUUUUAAAGUAUUCUGGAACUCUACUGUAAUUCCCAGUUUCAGCACAGAUGGAGAGUGGGGAGAUGAAUGUUGCAUAUUAGGCUUUGCCAGGAUCCUGAUGAGUUGAGCUUCUGAUUGGGCAGUGCGCUUUAGGCUCCCACCCCUCUGUCUAUAGACUGCAACAUUCUCCAGUCCCCUGGACUCAUCUUUUGUAAUUUUAAAUGAAUGAUGCGUCUCAGCUUAGCCCAAUAAUAAAGCACAGUCUAGAAUAAAUGA